CCAGAAGCCUAUAGAUGAGGACACCUGGGUUUUGGGAAAAGAGCAGGAUCUAGGAGACAAGACACCUGCUAAGGAGAGCGGAGUUUUAAGAAGAGGGGCUUGGAUCUCAAACGGAGAACAGGUCACGUUCGGAAGUGGUCCGGGAGAUACUGGUGGUCAGUGUGAUGGUGAGAGAGGACCCGGAGAGAAUAUAAACUUAGGGCCUUAGCCGGGAGAGGGAUGAGAGGCUGAGACACAUGACUCCUGGGGGAGUGGCAUAUUGACAGCAGGUACCCAGUUCCCAGGAGGGACCGUGGGCUUUGAAGUCGGGUUGCUUCAAGGGGAUUUGGCUUGAAACUUGGAGGGAGAACCUGAGUUGGGAUAUGGCUACCUGGAGCUCGAGAAUGGAGUUUGGAUGAGCAGAGCUGAAUGUAGGAUGUUGAAGGACAGACAGGCUGGAAAUCUGGAAGCCAGAGGAGGAUGGCGGGAUUCCUAGAUUCUGAGCGGGGAGUGGAGGCUGGGGAGAAGGAUGCUCGUGUUCUCGGAAGGGAGAGGAAUCUGAGGCCGAGAAUUCCUGGAUUCUGGAGGCCUGAUUGGAGUCUGGGGUUGAAGGACGCUUGUGCCCUUGGAGGGGCGUGGACUCUGGGGCCGGAGAUUCCUAGAUUUGGGGAGGAGAGUGGAGCCUGGGGAGUAGGGUGACUACGUUCUGGAAAAGUCUGAAGGGAAGAGAGGGGAGCCAGGAGGCGAACUUCGUGUUGGAAAAAACGGACCUGAAUAGAGGAGCAGAUUUUUUCUGUGCUCAUAGCUCCCCUAACCUGGGGGUAUGGUGGUGGUGGUGGCGGUGGGAGGAGCCAGGAGAAGGCCGUGGGGCGUGAAGGGAGGAGAACCUUGGGAGGAAUCUUAAUGACUCAAGGAAAAAAAACUAGUAGAGUGAACUUUGUUCUGAGGCCCAAGGGGGCUGUCCCAGAGGCUAUUUUUUUCCCAUGGAUGGGGAUGUAGGGGUAUUUUCUGGGGCGGGGCCAAGUGGUCGGUUUUGGUUUGUGUUUCGAUUGAGUGGGAUUGAGUAACUCCAGUAAUUUCCGGAUUUCCUCUCCCUGAGGGGAAAACCACAGACCACCCUGCUCUCCCAGGUCCUCCGUGACUCUCUGCCUCUCUGUCCUUGGCCCCCGAGGUCUCCAUCUGGUGCUGCUGUCCCUGCUCCUGGCCCGAAAUGGAGUCUGGGGGUUCCCAAAGACCCCAGGGCACCCCCUACAUGGCCUGAUGGACCUGAGGAACGAGUUCAAGAUUAGCCUGAAGCUUGCCCGGAAGCUGCUGUCUGAAAUCCGGAGCCUUGCUUGCCUCUUUGCAGACACACACCUGGCUGGGGUUUCCCUGGAUUUCCUCCCCCUGGGGGAACAGUUCCCCAACGUCACUGUCAACUUCAAGACCUGGCUGGGACUCUCGGCUUCAAAGCGGCUCCGCUCACUUUCCGGAAUGCUGAGUCACUUCCAGUCCAAGCUGAGGGAUCUGAAAGUGUCCGAGAGAGGGACAGGGGGGCCCUUCAGGAGGCGGCUCCAGGUGGCCAAGCUGGACCUAAGGGACCUGCAGAGACACCUCCACUUCCAGAUGUGGAUGAUAGGACACGAGUCUCCCGUGGAGAAGGACGAUGAGGAAAAGGGACUGUUGAGAAGGUUGCAUCCCACCCCGUCCCCGCCCAAGAGCUCCUGGCUCCAGAUGAUCCAGACCUACCAGCUCCUGCACUCCCUGGAGCUGGUCUUGGCCCGGGGUGUCCGGGACCUCCUGCUGCUCUCCUGGGGCCACAAACCCCCAGGGACAUGACCCUCUAAUGGUAGGGGACGGGACCUCCACAUGCUCCUUCCCCUCCCUCUUGGGGGGAAAAGGCCCCCACCUUGGGAGGCCGGUCCUCCUGCUUUUCACCUCCUUUGUGGGGGACAGCAUAGAUUCCCUAAAAAUGGACAGUUCCUCAAAGAGCCAGAAAGAGACCAUUAGGAGGCAGAGACCUAUCUGCUACCCCAUCCCUGCUUCCAGUUUCCACCACGCCUAUAUCCUCAUCCGUGUUUGACUCUCCCAUUUCUAUUUCCCCUUGGACCUUUCCCGUCCUCCUCUCCCGCCGUCCCCACGCCAGCCUCCCCGUCUCUCUUCCUCCCCCUCCCUAAUUUGGCCUAUCCCUCCUCCUCCCCCCCCACCCUCACCGCUCAAUCACACGCACAAGACGCCCAGCCAACUCCCACCCUUUUGGUCUCUGUCACCUCUCCCCCUGUAUUUAAAAGCCUUCCCUUCCCAGUCAAGUAUUUAUUUCUCUGCUAUUUAUUUCAUUUUAGGAAAGUAUUGAUUUAUUUAUUCAAUUUUAUACAAAAAUGGGGUGUAAAUCCUCUCCUGAGAACUUAGGGUUCAAUCCCCUCACACUCCGUUUCAGGAGAGUUUUAAUAAAAAACACUCAGGCUCCUC